CUUUGGGUGCUCCAUCCCAGAGGUCUGCGUGAUUAGAGUCGAAAGGCAUUCGAUAUUACCUCUUUCUAGUACGUUUGAACAAUUCGUACAUGUUAUGCUUUGUUAAUGGAAGCUGUGAACAUGGUAUCGUCAUCUGAAACUCUACAAGCUGUACUCCUGCUUGUUUCGGUCACCAGGACACUUCUGGCGGAGUCUGCAAUCCCAUGGUCAUGCCAUUCACCAGGAUGGUCUGUCAAUAGGACAAGUCACGGCAGUGACCAACCUCAGAAGCAGUUCCUUACAUCCGCUGGGACAACCUUCCUUUCCAGCAGCAACAGAACGCAUAACACCACUAGCGUUUCGCUGAACCUUGAACCAGGCUGCGGAGGCAGAAUCACUGAAAUUACGUUUCAUGGGUCGGGCGCCUGUAACGCCAUGAUCGAACGCACUGUCAACUACGGGAAUUGCUGCAGAUACCAAACCACUGUUCGUGCAAGUUCUAGUGUAAGAAAGUGUGGAAGACGCGCUAACCUUCUCCUCACGGUGCCUGUGACGGAUAAUCUCAGGCUAGCUGAAGGACAUUAUAGGGUUGAAGUGAAGGUGACGCUGUUCACGAAACACCGCUGCAAUACUUGCAUUGUUGAUCUUGACAAAAGCAUACGUAUAUUGGCUGAAGACGCCUCGCCACAGCACUGUUGGGACGAAUGCAAGCGAAUGUGCCCAAGCGCAACAGCUGCUGCUGGUGCAUGCAUACCAUGCCAAACUGCUCAUCCCGUACAUUGUUCCUGCCAGCCCUCAAUCCAUGCCCCGGACACAUUUACUUCCAAGCCCGAUCGGGACACAAGCAGUACACGUGCGAGUGCAGUGAGUGGAGAAACGAACUCCAAGCUUUAUCUCACGGUAAUUUAUUGUGGUAGCGCAAUACUAGGGCUCAUGAUCAUUUCUUUAUCAGUCGUGUUCAUAGCCAAGCACGUGAAAGCAACUGAAACUGAGCCCACUCAAGCGCAAAGUCAACAGACGCAAGCAGAAUGGCCUCCAGGUGAGCUUCCGAGCACCAGCAUGGACUACCACAGCAGCUCUCUGAUCUCGCUGCACACUCACACAUCCCAUGCGGCCCCUGGCACUGUACACAGGGUCGGAGAGAACUCGAGUGUGGGCGAAUUCCAUGGCAGGAACAGCGCUGUGGCUGAGUCCUUAAUGGAUGUUGCCUAUAAGCUGGGUAAGCGACAAACCGUGCGUGAAGUCGGAAAGCCAUCUGCCCGGAACGAGUCUGAUCGCUACGUCAAUGUGACAUCAUCUGUUCGACAGACGGACCCCCACUGCUGCUUUGAUGAACUGCAAUGCGAACCACACUACACUGCGAUGAGGAAGCCAACGUUCCUGGCAAGCGUGCAGCAAUGACAUCGCUUACUAGUCUAGUCUACUCUAGCAUUCUUUUUCAAGAUAAAUUAUCUAAAUUUGAAGAUCAUACGCACAUCGAAUGAGGAAGAGAUUACGCUGGAUAUCCAUACCAAUUACCAAAGUUACAAGUGAUGCACCGUACGUCUGGAACAAAAUGAAUGUGUGCGGCUCAUUGUCUCACCCACAGUUUCUCUCACUUUUACAUCGUCAGUUGCAGCAAGUGAUAGUUUACAGUAUGUAAGAGUUUUGCACUUUUGUGUUCAAUGUUAACCUGGCUUAACUAGCAUACCCAUGCGAAUGUGUUCUUCUGUGCUCUCUGAAACACAGUCCAAUGCAUUUCGCGAGGAUAGGGAGAACGUUUGUCACACUUGCUUAGGCACACCAUUUCUAACCAUUUCAGAUUAUCUUUCCUUAGUUAUCAAUAUAUUAUUCAUAUCUAAUACGAACAGCGGCUCGUGUGGAGCCUAAUUAGACCGAUUUCAACAUGUCACCAUGCAGUAGGAAACGUUCACGUUUAUACAUGGAUUUAUAGUAGGUUGUUAGAACCUUAUUUAGAUUCUGCCUUUGUUUUUGCAUCGACUGAAGGCUUAGAUAUACAAACCAUACUGUCAAAAAAAGUUGUUCAUGCCGAUAAACACAA